AUGGCCAUCACUAGAACAACAAUCAGCAUCAUAUUUCGCUUAGCUGAAUUUGUAUUCGCUGUGAUUGUGUUGGGUCUCAGUGCCGGUGUGUUAGCUGGUUACAACACCAACAUCCCCCGCGUUACUUUCAAUUUGGUCGUUGCCAUCUUCGACAUCAUCUGGUUAGCUUACAUUGCAUUCAUUGUCCCGAGUGUAUUACGCAAUAAAACACCCACUGCAGUAGUGUUUGCUGUUCAAGUUGUGCUUUGGGUCUUUUAUCUUGCUGGUUGGUCGGUUAUUGUUGCUAAUUUCCCCAAGCACUGUAAUAAUAAUGAGUCGUUUUAUAAGCACAAUUCGCCAGAUACUUGUCGUGCCUAUCAGGCAAUCAUGCCGUUCUCGAUAUUGAAUUACGUUGUGCUCAGUACUGAAUGGGGAUUGUUUUAUAGUUAUACUUUGGCUCCUGAAAUGAAAGCUUUCGGAGGUAAACAUUUGUUGCAAAAUACAACUUAUUAUGCGGGCGCUUUAUUUAGUGCUGAAGUAUCUUCAGAUCCACAACAUUGUGUUGGUAAUGGUGCGGGUAAAGAAAGAGGUGGUGGUGGUGAUGCUACUCCUACUUCUCGUGAUGAAGAGGCAGGUGUUGGUACCACAAGAAAUGAUGUGAAGAUGUAG